AUGAACUGAAAGAGGGAGAGGAAGAAGGGGUGGGACUGAACUGAGAAGGAGAGAAAUGGGGUGGAAUUAACAGAGGGACAGAAAGAGGGGAUGGGAAUGACCUGAGAGAGGAAGAGAAAGAGGGGCUGGGAAUAAACUGAAUGGAGGGAGAGAAAGAGGGGAUAGGAAUGACCCAAGAGAGGGAGUGAAAGAAGGGAUGGCAACGAACUGUGAAAGGGUGAGAAAGAGGGAAUGGGAAUGAAAUGCGACACAGAAAAACAAGUUGAUUGCAAAGGGAACAGCAGGCAGCUCCGGUAGCAGUAGGAGGAGGGGUCUGACCUCAAAGGAUCCUCCCCCUCAUCUAAAGCAGACAAACGGGAGAUUUUCUAGGGCAGGCUUUCCACAGUAUUGUCGAUGGCUGAUAAAUCCUGAAUCUUCUGAAUGAUCACUUCAGAGCCAGUGAGUCCGUGAGUUCUCUGCUUGACCCUAACCACGUUUCCUGUCUCGGAGGCUGGGUGGUUGUUGUUUCUAUAGAUGUGGGAAGCCCCCCCCCCCUCUUAUUCCUCUUCCUCCCUGUCUUUCUGUUCUGCUGACUGUCAUUCUGUGGUGUGGCUCCUCUCCCACUGCCACCCUGCAGUCUCCUUCAUUGUUCUGCUCCUCCCCAUUACUUUCCUCUCUCAUUCCUUUCAUCCUGUCCCCUCCCAUCUUUUCCUGACCUCCCUUUUUUCAUCUCUCUUUCUAGCUACUUGAAAACAGUGAUCAUACACCACACAAGGUUGAGGUGUUGGGGCAGCACCAAGAUGCGUGUGGCUUUGUCCCCAUCACUGGUCUGUUUGUCCCUCUAGACAGAAAUCCAUGCCAGGCGCUGAGAACAGGUCCUGUUUGUUAUUUUAGGAGGACGGACGCAGGGUCCUGGUUACAUGUAGCCUGGACCCGAUGGACCAGCAUCCAGAGGCAGCCACGCAGACAGAACCGGUGGUGGUUCUGUCUCUGGCCCAGGCAGCCAUACUGGGCCUCAUCUCCCAGAAUGGUGUCUUCGGUGCCACCAUCGCGCCCAAUGCCUUCUAUUUGGGUGGGGCCAAGGAGAGUCCCUCCCACCCUGUGGAUGACGCAGAGUACGAGUACGCCGAUCAGCUGAUCGGGGCCAACGGGGACUACCUGGACGAGUGCUUGGGGAAUGGGAAUCCAUCUCCAUGCCAGCGGAGAUGGAGGCCAGGUCCCCAUGUGAAAGGAGAGGGAAUGACGUCCACUCUUUCCACAUGCGUCCAUAGGCUGGUCAGAAGCCCCGCCCUUAGGGAGGGACUCCAACUGGCUGAUCCUUCGUACCAUGUGGACCUUCUGAACAAGGAGAGGUCAAGAAACAGCCGGCCCAGCUGUCAAAGUGAGGCAAGCGGCCAACAGGCAGGUGCCCAGGCCUCAGAGCGGGACAUGGGCGGCCAGAAGGAAGAAAGGCAUGAUGGGAAGGGUGAAGUCAGGGGUGGGCGGGGGAUUGAGGCCAGGGAGGAGGCGGGGAUCCUGAGGUUUGGCCAGGCUUCUCAUGGGUCCGGCAGGGUGGCGCAGGUGGACCGACUGGACGUCAACGUGCAGAUCGAUGAGUCGUACUGCGUGGACGUGGGCGGUGGCCUCCGGCGCUGGAAGUGCCGCCUGUGUGACAAGUCGUACACCUCCAAGUACAACCUGGUGACACACAUUCUGGGCCACAGCGGCAUCAAGCCACAUGGUUGCCCGCACUGCGGCAAGCUCUUCAAGCAGCCGAGCCAUUUGCAGACGCACCUGCUGACGCACCAGGGUGCGCGGCCGCACCGCUGCGCCGUCUGCCAGAGGGCCUUCACCCAGACCAGCCACCUGAAGCGCCACAUGCUGCAGCACAGUGAUGUCAAGCCCUACAGCUGCCGUUACUGCGCACGCGGCUUUGCCUACCCCAGUGAGCUGCGGGUGCACGAGGCCAAGCACGCCAGCCACGCCCACUCCGCAGGGCACCGGCCUGCCCACCGGGAGGCCACCUCCCACCAGUGUUCCCAGUGCCGACGGGCCUCUACCUGCCGCAGCCAGCUGCAGGCCCACCUAGCCAAGCACGUGACCAUGCGGCCCUAUGCCUGCUCUGACUGCGGCAGCGAGUUUGCCCAGCUCCACCACCUCAAGCAGCACGCACUGACGCACAAGGUGAACAAGGGGUUCAAAUGUGACGUGUGCUCGCGCGAGUUCACGCUGUCCGCCAACCUGAAGAGACACAUGCUGAUCCACACCAGUGUGCGGCCCUAUCAGUGCCAUGUCUGCUUCAAGACCUUCGUCCAGAAGCAGACCCUCAAGACUCACAUGAUCGUGCACCUUCCUGUCAAGCCCUUCAAAUGUAAGGUGUGUGGAAAGUCCUUCAACCGCAUGUACAACCUGCUAGGUCACAUGCAUCUCCACGCGGGCAGCAGGCCCUUCAAGUGCCCCUACUGCUCCAGCAAGUUCAACCUGAAGGGGAACCUCAGCAGGCACAUGAAGAUCAAGCAUGGUGUUAUGGAUGCUCCCCCGGAGGUGCUGGGUGAAGAACAGCGCCCCCUGCCUGACAGCCCACACACAACUUCUCUGUCUGCCCCCCGUUCCUGUCGUUUUCAGCACCUGUGAUGUUCCACGACCCACGUUCCCUGCUAUGCCUUGCUUUCCUGCCCCAGCCAUUAGCUUAUGUGCAUCUGUGUUUUCAUGUCUCAAGGGGACAAAUCGUGAAGAUAAAUUGUAGGAGAGGUUUAUCGGUUUAAAUCGCUUUUUGUGGUUUGCUGGAACAUUACAGUGCGAUGGGAGCCAGAGGGAAGUCCUCACAGGCAGAGCUACGCCUAACGCAUGUGUGCGCAGAUAGACUGGGCUGAUUGGCCCAGGAAAGCGACAACCCAAAGUGGAUAAAGAUUAGUUGAAGGUGGGUGGAUGGAGGGACAUUGGGAGAGUGUGUGCACUAAUGGUUAGGUCUGGGAGCUGGAGUUUACAGUAGGAGAAAAUGGGCUAACUAGCCUUCUGCUGUGUGGAACCUGAAAUUAGCUCCACCUUGUAACGUUGCUUUGCCUUCAGAAGGCCAUGUCUAUGAAGGGACAGGAGAGUCUCACCAGCGCUGCUGCUGAAAGCUUCCCCUCGAAGCCAGCUGAGGCUGCGUGAAGAAGAAACACCAGGAUGGUGUGGUGAUGACGAGGAAUGAUUGAAAGGGUGUAUCUGAAAUAUUCCUCCAUGGUCUGCGGUGGUGGUUUUUUUGGGUGUGUUCAGGGUUUCUGCAGUGACGGAACUGGACUGUUUUCAGGGAAGAUGGACGGUGAGAUGUGAAGCAGCGUGACCUGUCUCGGCAGAAUGAGGUCUGCCGUGUGACCUGUGCUUGAGAUCGCGCUUCUGCGAGGUAGGCGCUGACUCAGGCCUGACACCACAGUGCGCUCUCCACUCCCCAGCUCCUGUAGAUACCCAGCAGAAGAAUAUUUCUUAAUUUUGCUACAGAAGUUCAGCGAGAACAGCCUCAGUGUGGAUACACAUGUCUUGGGUGCAUCAGUGCGUGUCCUUGUAGUGUUUUGCUGGCCUUGUCUCUGUCGCCUUGUGCGUAUUUCACAUUUAUCAGAUAUCAUGAAUUCCUGAUUUUGGCUGGAUAUUGAAUUACUGUUUUGCUUCCCAGCAUAAUGGAUUUCUGCUUUGCUCUAACUGAGGUGGACUCGCCUGGGUAAACAAGCUUUCACAUUCUGACGCAGAGCUGUGUUUUUCCGUGAGGUUCAUUUUUUUGAGGUUCAGAUGACACCCAGCUGGUGGGGGGUGGGGUGGGGCAGACAUUUAUAUAACAAUUCCUAGUUGAGUUUCAUAAUAACAGCUUUAGACACAAAACUAGUAUUUCAUUUACAUUCCUUGUUUGAUCUGAUGAAAUGUUCAGUUGUAAGAACCUUUGCAGAUUGCUGCCCUCCCCGUACCAGCAAACCGUGAAGGUGUGCCUGCCUGGACACACUGAUGUGUCAGUCCUGUGACAGCCCCCACCCCCUCCAAUAUUUUGUGGUGAGUGCUGCCCCCUGUUGGAGCAGAACCAGAACAGCUAGAUUCAUGCUGGCCAAAUGUUAAAACAUGUUUCAUGAUGCAAACUGUCCCCAGAAAUGGAAAAAGUGUCUGUCUCCUAUUUUUUACAAACAUUUCUUUAAAGACUCACACCAUGAGCCCUGGGCAGUAAAUAUAUUCUUUUUAUAAUGAAUGUGUACUUGCUCAUGGUAGGGAGGCUGCACACAGCCCCACGCAUCACUUCCUCACGCAUCACUUCCUCAUGCAUCACUUCCUGUGACACCAAAUAAACUAAUGUGUGGUUGGUGGCGACCAACUGCCCAUCCUUGCAUCACCUACACCCAAACUUCAUUGCUUUGAGCCUCAAACACUACACACUGCUGCCAUUAGUAAUUAGCAUUCUUGACACUAGCAGCCCAAUAAAAGCUCUCGUUAGCUGGUCAGAUGAAGUCUGUUAUCGCCCUGUCCUUUUGGGUGUGAUGGGUUGACACUGGAGGCUGGGUUGCCAUCUCAGCAUAAAGACCCUUGGUGUGAACUGAGUGAUCACUCUUUGGGUGUUUUUCAGAAAGCUAUUUCUUCAGAAAUGUGUGAAUAUGCCUAUUCAGUCUUAAAAAGAGCAUAUGCAUAUCGCCAGGCAGAAUAUCUUGCUGUUAGGCAGCAUCUUACCUACCCUGGAUAAAUGUUGACAAAUCAUUUAAAAUAUUUGAAUAAAUUAGUCAUUUGCUCCAGACCUCAGAGGUAAAUGAUGGGUGAUAUUUCAGCAGAUGUUGCAUUUAUUUCUUGACGGAAAUGCUGAGUACUGAGGCAGCCGGGAGGCGGCAGCGGGAGCUGAUGGGGUCUGUGUGAGGCCUGUGGGUGGGGGGGGGUGUUAGACACACUGUUCUUAGAGGUCAUGGAGAGGGUGGAUAACUUGCUGUUUCUUCAGUUCACUGUUACUUCUGAUUGGUUUUAUUUCAAACUGAAUGGGACCCUCAAAGCCGACACCCCCCGCCCCCCGCCAUCGUACUCCGUCAGACGAAGACCCACCGUUCCUGAUUCACUUGGCAUCCUGCAAUGACUGUCAGAAGGCUUCCAAAAUGCCACCCACCCGCAGCUCCCUGAACUACUGUCAGACGCCGUGGGUCUGUUUGACACUCACCUCAGUGUAAUAUGUGCUUUUUAAACUCCUUCAGUGGCUUUGUAGAAUUUUUUUUUACAUUUAAUCUUUCUUUGGGUCUAAUCCUGUGCACAGAAAUGGCUGGAGGUAUGUGAAUUUUCCAAACAGUGAAAUGUUCUUAUUUUGGUUCCUAAAUCCAAUAAUACUUUGACAGUAACCACAAUGUGUAACUAUGUGCUGUGAUAAACCUGUUCUUUUUAGUGUUGGUUCUUCAAUAGUAUAAAACCAAGUGUUAAUGUGUCUCAAGUAAAUCCAAAAAGUAUUUCCCUGUCCUUGAAGCCCAAGA